GAUAUCUUUAAGGUCACUGCUGAGAUUGGUUUGUUGUUAUUGUGUGUAGUUAAGGUUUCUUUUAGUUUUGUGCAUAACAAAUAAGGAUAUUGUUUUGGUUAUAUUGGUACGUUACUCAAGAUUUCAUCUCCCACAUCAAGAAACUCCGGUCUAGACUGCAUGAUUAUGUCAUAAUCAUGAUUAUUUUUAUUGUGUAUCCGUUUCACUAAAACUAUUCUUACCAAGUGUACAUACUAACUUCAUUAGAUUCUGUGUUUAGCCAAAAUCAUUGUAUAACACCAGGGUACAAAUGUAAAAAAUUAAGGGUUUAUACCUAUUGAGAUCUCAAUCUCGAGAUUGAAAUCUCCCUAUUUUUGGGAAAAUUUCUUCUGGUUUGGGUCAAUUUAAGGGAAACAACUAUAAAAAACUUUAGCAAAAUUUUAGGAAAACAACAAAAAACUUUAAAUUUCCCUAGGUCUGAGGAAAACCCCCAUAGUUUUGGGGAAAUUUUGGGUUUUCCCAAUAUUUCCACAGAAUCAUAUAACACUUUAGGGCUUUUCCCCAAAGUUUACCCAAGAUAGGAAGAUAGGGUAUUAGCGUACAAGAAUAUUAGAUGUUGGUCCUUAAAACACCUAGUGCCUAAUUUGAUUAGUUCCUAACACCUUCAUAAAGUCCAUCCAGUGAGUGACGGGGAUAAACCGCAUUGAUAUAAUAUAUAUGAAAGCAAGCCCCGAUCGCAUUAUGUGUUUUCCAUUUCCAAAUAAAUGUAUGUUGUGACUAGUAGUUAAUAAAACAUAAUUCUUUGAGUCAAACUAAUAAAUUAAGGUCACUUAGGUGUUCAGGAGUAAGAGCUGUAAUUUUCAGUGGAAUAAAGCAUAUCAUGGGAUAAGUGAAUGUUGAGUAUUUUAUUUUCAUUUUAUUAUUAUUCUUUUCCGUCACUUCAUGAAUUUUCAGACUGAAGUUUGUCAUGCUGCUUUGGUGAUGGGUAUGCCUUCUCAUGUCAAGCAAAGUAUUAAGCAAGCUCAACUGGUACUCGAAUCAUUGAAACAGGAUCAUGAACAAGCUUUAUCUGCCUUAAGUACAUUUUGUAACUCAGAAAACAGUCAUUCAUCACCAAAUCUUAACACAAGUCUAGAAUGUGAGAAAGUCUUUAAUCAAGAGAAAAUUCCAAUAAUUCAAGCUGCACUAAAACAAAUCGAAAAGGGAUUAGACGACUCCGAGGUUAUGAUUACAUUUGCCAAAUAUAUCGAACAUUUGGAAGCUGAGCUGUUGAAGGUACAGUUGCACAAUCAAAGGUUAACUGAAGAAACUUGUUGGCUUCGAGAUGAGCUAAAGUACACACAAACAAAACUGGAGGAAAACGAAUCGCUCCUUGCUCAAACUGAAGUCGAAAAAAAACAUCUUGAGUUUAUGUUGGAUUUAAAGAAAUAUGACAUAUCUUCCAACAGUUGUGAUACUGAAAAAAAUCCAUCUUUUAAACAUUUGGAAGAUGAUCCGCCGAUAAUGGUUGCAUCUGUUCUCGGCCUAAUGAGUUCUCCAAACCAUUUGAACACAUCUAAUCAUGUAGAUCGAUUCGAUACACACAACAAAUUUUGGAAACCGACUACAACAACAACUACCACUGUUUCAUCAUUUUCACCAUACAACCACUUAGAAAUGAGCGGAAUAAUGAAUACCAGUUUACUUGAUGCGGAUAUGGACUCACUGUCAGUAAAUCGAAGUCGCAAUCCAAGUGAAUUCCAUGGUUUAAGUGGACAUCGGAAUUCCCAGUCAAUUUAUGUUCCUCCUGGGCUUAGAACACUACAUCACAUAGCCUUACGUUAUACAAGUCAGGGAAAGCAUGAUGUUGCAGCAUCUUUAUGUUUACAAGCUAUUCGAGAUUUAGAAGGAUCUGGUGGUCGUGACCAAGCUGAGGUUGCUGCUCUACUGAAUAUCUUAGCUUUGGUUUACCGUGAUCAAGGAAAAUACAAGGACGCAUCUGAUAUUCUCAAAGAAGUAAUUAACAUACGAGAGAAACUUUUGGGACCUAACCAUGUGCUGGUAGCAGCUGCUUUAAAUAAUUUGGCAGUUUUACAUGCUAAAGCUGGUCGAUUUACUGAAGCGGAACCGUUGUGUCGGCGGGCGCUUAGUAUACGAGAAAAAUUAUUAGGUGCAGAUCAUUUGGAUGUAGCAAAACAAUUGAACAAUUUGGCCUUACUUUGUCAAAGUCAAGGGAAAUUCGAUGAAGUCGAAUCUGCAUUUCGACGAGCCUUAGAUAUAUAUGUCAAACAUCAUAAGCCCUCAUCACCUAUCAUACGAAAAGCCAAAAGCAAUUUGGCUUCUGCAUUAUUGAAACGUCGAAAUUUAGCAGAUGCAGAAUCUCUAUUAAAAUCAGUUUUAACACCAGACUAUGGUUAUACUUCAACACAGCAAAGAAGUCAUUUAAUGAAUAAUUUUUUACAGUCGGAAAAUGUUGAACAUGAUUCUGCUAUUUAUUCAUUAUCUUCACUAGGUAGUAGUCAUAUAAGUAGUAUUAGUAGUAAUGGUGGUUAUCGUGGUGUUGGAUCUUUGUUGGAUGGUGGUGUUGUUUUACCAUGUGAUUCUACUGAACAAUCUAUGAUAAUGAAUUCAUCUAGUCGACCAGUUAAUCCAUUAUGGGUAAUAUUAGAACAAAGUAUCAAAGAUAAUAAUAAUCGAAAAUUUUCACUUGUUACAUGGGCUUCGGAAGCCAGAAUCGAACUAUCUGUGGUUCAUAGUGCAGUACGUAAUUUAGCUAUAGUUUAUCAACGUCAAGGUCUACAAUCUCAUGCUAACUUAUUGCUUGAGUGGCUUCAAAUGGCAAUUACUGAUUGUAGACCACGUUUAAAUCAUACGUCUUCAUUGGCCAGUUCACCGAUAAAAUGCACACAAUCAGUCCAUGGUAUCAACUCACAUGUAUUCAAUAGCUAACUAUAUAAUAAUAAUAAUAAUAAUAAUAAUCAUAAGUUGGAAAUAUGUAAUCCCUUUUAACAACAAAAUAUCUUCUAUUGGAGCUUCCUAUCUAUUCUACUCACUUUUCUUUCUUACAAUCACCAUUUAUCAAUUAAUAAACAGUAAUGAUGAAUAAACUAAAUUUCAUUCAAGUUUUAUGAUCUUUCAUUUUUCAAUGGUAUAUAUAUGUUCAAUGUGUUCAAUUCGAUAUUGUUUUACUGCAUUUAUUUAUGUUGUUUUAAUUGUUUAUUAUAUUUCUUCUAUUGUAUUGUUUUGUAUAUUAUAUGAUUAUUAUUUUAUCAAAUAUUACUAUUCACUUUAUGUUUGCAUUUAUGUUGUGUGUGUGUGUGUUUUGCUUGUUUGUUUGUUUUCUUGUUUCAUCGAUUUAUUUUUCAUUCUGUUGUUAGUAUUAUGUAACCAUUUGGUUUGAAUGAAUGGGAAACACUUGUCAAUCAUAUACUACUUGUUUAUUUAUUUUAAUCAGUAAUCAUUUUUAUAUUUUUCGAUAAUAUAAGUUUGACUUGACUUCAUUAUGUUUGUGAAUAUUGUCUUAUUAUUUCUGUGUUUCUUUUUUUUGAUCUUUUUUUUCAAUUUAGUUCAUUUCUUAGUCUUUAAUUGUUAGUGACGUGUUUAUUUCCCUGUGAAUGUAUGAAUAUAUUCAAUUAUAUUUCGGUUCAUCAGUUAAAUAUUCUAUUUGAAUGGUAAUGUAACUAACGAUCGUCUCUGACUUACUUAAUAUUAAAAUUCAGUUUACCACAAUGUUAUAACAUUAUAUAAGAUGGAUGCUAUGGAAUUUACUGACAAAAUCAUCACCGAAUACUUGAGAAGAAGAUAUUCAAUGCCACUCAGUUAUCGAUUAGUACAAUAUCUCUUUUCUUAUGAUUUAAACUGAAAUAUAGCGGUAAUAGUCUUU